AGGGUAAGACUGCAGAUGCUUGAUUAGCAUAUGCUGACAGUUAUAUAACCAACGUGGCCUGGAACCUCAAAGCAAGAGAGAUUCGACAGUUUGAGUAUUAAACAUCUGCUUGACAAGCUUUAGUCAUGCUGAGGGCAUACUUAAUCUAUUUCUGCCUGCUGGUUACACUGGUGGUGAGCCAGGAGAAGCAGUGCACGAGGGAUUCGGACUGUGGGGACCAGGAGUGCUGCAUCACCUUCGGCCGCAAGCGCUUCAUCUUUUCCUCCGGACACUGCAAGAAGUUCAGCGACAUGGGGGAUGCCUGCGAGCCCCCCGAGCUGUCACACGGGACAGAGCACACCUUCAACUGCCCCUGCGUAGGGCCAACCUGGAGUGUCAUGGCGAAAAGGAACUCCAUGAGGGUGGGUCAAGUUCUUACACCAACCCCCGCUGCACUGAGCCGAUAACACCGACACCAGCACUGACGUAGGAAACCACGGUUGUAUAAGCCACGUCUACAUUAUGACACUUUGAUUUCUUGGUCUAAGGCUAGCUUCACAUACUGCGACUACAUCGAAUGAAAUUGGAAAUUGCCUUACACUUUGUUCUGACCGCCUCAUCUUCGAUGUGACAGUGAGAACUUUUGUCUGCGAUGACGAUUUGAAUGAAUUUUGAAAACAUUAAAUAACUUCUUGCUGUAGGCUGC